CAGCUGUGGCCAGACUUGAGGCGCACUCCCUUCUUCUGCUGAUCAUGUGCUCCAGGAGUUUCACAAGGUCCCUUGGAUUCGCCCUCAUCCCUCUGGCAAUUUGCUGCAUUGUGGCCAAUAUUUUGCUUUAUUUUCCUAAUGGUGAGGUUAAACAUGCCAAAGAGGACAGGUUGUCAAAAUAUGUGUGGUUCUACAUGGGAAUAGCAGGAGGGGGCUUGGUGAUGUUCCUGCCAGUGGUUGUGUUUGUCAGCCUGGACAAGUGCGCUAACUGCUGUGCCAAUGACAGCUGUGCGAUGUGCGGCUCCGUGCUAGCUGCUCUGAUUGGACUGGCUGGCUCCGGUUACUGUUUUGUCAUCUCUGCGCUGGCUCUAACCGAGGGACCCAAGUGUGAAGUCAGUGGGCUAUGGGAGUACCCGUUCGUGAAUGGAACCGGAGAGUAUCUGAUGAAGAGGGACAGCUGGUCCAAGUGUCGUUCCGUAAGCAUGGUGGAGUGGCACGUCACCCUCUUCUCCAUCCUGCUGGCCCUCAGUGGCCUGGAGAGCAUCAUUUGCGCCGUCCAGCUGGUCAAUGGACUGGUGGCUGCUGUGUGCCGCCCCUACAAGCAACGCUACAGCCUCAAUGCUUGACAAGUUACAAUAUGGACAAGUCUGUCCCCAUGCAGCUGUGGCUGUGUCAGCUAAUGAUUCCGCUCCAGUCUAGACCCUAGGGAGGGAAUUUCUGCACAGCUUUUGCUGAAUAGGAAGUAGUGGGAAGAUUGUCUGGGAUCUGACAGGCCAAGCUAUUUCCUGGGUCAUUCCCUACAUCCGCUGUAAGAAAAAUAGAUGACCUGCUUUGCUUUGUUUGGUAAGAGAUUGAAAAUCAUGAAAUUCCUCAACUUUUCACAGAAUCUACAUUGGUUUGCAGUAUUUCAGCCAUUCACAAUAUCAAUGUUACAGUGCAGUUGUGUGUGUG